AUGGGGGCUCCUCCAGCGGAGGCAAGAGGACCCUGGAUCCAACUCCAGACAUUUCUGACCUCCUGGCUGGUCAGAGAGCAAGACUGGGAUCAGCAGGUGGACGAGGCCCAUAUGCUGCAGCAGAAGAGGAUUCGAGACUCUCCACUGCUUCAGGCAGCCAAGGAAAAUGACCUGUGUGUCCUGAAGGAACUUCUGCUGGACCAAGCCUGCGCUUUUCGACAAAGAGGAGCUCUGGGGGAGACAGCGCUACACAUAGCUGCCCUCUAUGACAAUCUGGAGGCUGCCAUGGUGCUGAUGGAGGCUUCCCCGGAGUUGGUCAAGGAGCCUGUCAUGUGUGAGCCAUUUGUAGGUCAGACUGCACUGCACAUAGCUGUCAUGAACCAGAACGUGAACUUGGUGAGAGCCCUGCUUGCCCACGGGGCCAGCGUUUCUGCCAGAGCUACAGGCACAGCUUUCCACCGCAGCCCCCAUAACCUCAUCUACUUUGGGGAGCACCCUUUGUCCUUUGCUGCUUGUGUGGGCAGUGAAGAGAUUGUAAGGCUGCUCAUUGAGCACGGAGCCGACAUCCGGGCCCAGGACUCCCUAGGAAACACAGUGUUGCACAUCCUCAUCUUCCAGCCCAACAAAACCUUUGCCUGCCAGAUGUACAACCUGCUGCUGUCCUAUGAUGGGCAUGGGGACCACCUGCAGUCCCUGGACCUCGUGCCCAAUCACCAAGGUCUCACCCCCUUCAAGCUGGCCGGAGUGGAGGGCAACACUGUGAUGUUCCAGCACCUGAUACAGAAGCGGAAGCAUAUCCAGUGGACAUGUGGGCCACUGACUUCCACUCUCUAUGACCUCACAGAGAUCGACUCCUGGGGAGAGGAGGUGUCCUUUCUAGAGCUUGUGGUCUCCUCCAAGAAGCGGGAGGCUCGCCAGAUCCUGGAACAGACCCCGGUAAGGCAGCUGGUGAGCUUCAAGUGGAAGAAAUACGGGCGGCGGUACUUCUGCCUGCUGGGUGCCUUGUAUGUGCUCUACAUGAUCUGCUUCACCAUGUGCUGCGUCCACCGCCCCCUCAAGUUCCGUAGUGUCAACCGCACAAACUCCCGAGAUAACACUAUCCUCCAACAGAAACUACUACAGGAGGCCUAUGAGACUCAUCAGGAUAAAAUCCGGAUGGUAGGGGAGCUGGUGACUGUCGUCGGUGCCGUGAUCAUCCUGCUCCUGGAGAUCCCAGACAUCUUCAGGGUUGGCGUCUCUCGCUAUUUUGGACAGACUGUCCUUGGGGGACCAUUCCAUGUCAUCAUCAUCACCUAUGCCUUCCUGGUGCUGGUGACCAUGGUGAUGCGCCUUUGCAACAUGAACGGGGAGGUGGUGCCCAUGUCCAUUGCCCUGGUGCUGGGUUGGUGCAGUAUUAUGUACUUUGCUCGAGGAUUCCAGAUGCUGGGUCCCUUCACCAUCAUGAUCCAGAAGAUGAUUUUUGGAGACUUAAUGCGCUUCUGCUGGCUGAUGGCUGUGGUUAUUGUGGGAUUUGCCUCAGCGUUCUUUGUCAUUUUCCAGACAGAAGACCCAAACAAUCUGGGGCAAUUCUAUGACUACACCAUGGCACUGUUCAGCACCUUUGAACUUUUCCUCACCCUCAUUGAUGGGCCCGCCAACUACGACGUGAACUUGCCCUUCAUGUUUAGCAUUGUCUACUUUGCCUUCGCCAUCAUUGCCACACUGCUGAUGCUCAACCUGUUCAUUGCCAUGAUGGGUGACACACACUGGCGAGUGGCCCAUGAACAGGACGAGCUCUGGAGGGCCCAGGUCGUGGCCACCACGGUGAUGUUGGAGCGGAAACUGCCUCGCUUCCUGUGGCCUCGCUCUGGGAUCUGCGGGUGCAAGUAUGGGCUGGGGGACCGCUGGUUCCUGCGAGUUGAGAACCACCAUGAUCAAAAUCCUUUGCGAGUGCUUCGCUAUGUGGAAGCUUUCAAGAGCUCAGACAAGGAGGAUGGACAAGAGAAUCUUUCUGAGAAACAGCCCUCUGUGGUUGAAAGUGGGACCCAAGCCAGAACCUCCCUCUUCCUCCCAACUCCCUCCCUGUCCCGGAACACAUCUCGCAGCAGCAGCAGUCACCGGGGCUGGGAGAUCCUUCGUCGCAACACCCUGGGGCACUUGAAUCUUGGACUGGACCUUGGCGAGGAGGAUGGAGAGGAAAAUAUCUAUCGUUUAUGAUUAGGAUCCUUGUUACUGUUGACCUGACUCCAGGGGGACCUGAGGUGGAGGGCAGAGAGGCAGACACUUGCUUAUGCAACUUUCUAACUUUCAUGCCUGUUAAUCAUGGGAAGGAGUAGACAGAAUAAUUCCUAAAAGCCAUGUCUCACCUUGCACAUCAGCAUUUCUGGAGAUGAGCAAAGGGUAUCUGUUGUCCCACACAUCUUCUGGGUUCUUGAAAGUCCCAUAUCUUGGGAAAAGAAGGUAUCUUUUUGAUCAAAGUUGUACUUGGCAUCUAAAGACCCAAAGUAGGAAUGCUAGACUAGUGUCUGGAUCAUCUCUCUUUCUGCCCCAAGUGGGCACUAGAAAGUGAUAAUCUGUGAAGACUGCCUGGUUCCACACGGCUUAAUGUGGGAAGAGCCAGGCAUGGCAUUGUGGUCCUUUUCUUUUCCCUACACCCGUGUAGGACUCUGUUGCCACCUAGUAACCAAACCCCAACUAGAAAACCACAAGAAGAAAGGUUCUUUGUAUUUGCUUUAUCUUUUCAAAGAAAUUUAUUGUGUUAAGAUACACAUAACAUAAAAUUACCGUUUUAAGCACUUUUAGAUAUACAAUUCAGUGGCAUUAAGUACAUUCACAUUGUUGUCAAACCAGCACUAUUAGCCAUUUAUAGAACUUUUCUAUCAUCCUAAAUUGAAACUCUUGCACCCGUUAAACAUUAACUCCCCACUAUCACCUUUCCACAACCCUUGAUCACCAAUAUUCUACUUUGUGUCUAUGAAUUUGACUGCUCUAGGUACCUUACAUAAGUGAAAUCAUACAACU